UACAUGCUUCCAUUAGGUCAGAUUAUCUCGGGACAUAACGUGAGCUACCACAGCUAUGCUGAUGACACACAGCUGUAUUUAUCAAUAGCACCUGAUGACCCCAAAUCUCUUGAUUCGCUAACACAAUGUCUAACCUGUAUCUCAGAAUGGAUGAAUAGUAACUUUCUCAAAUUAAAUAAAGAAAAAACCGAAAUCUUAGUGAUUGGCAAUAAUGGAUACAAUGAGGCUAUUAGAAAUAAACUGGAUGCAUUAGGAUUAAAAGUCAAAUCGGAGGUAAAAAGCUUAGGGGUAACCGUUGAUUGUAAUCUGAAUUUUAAAUCGCAUAUUAAUAAAAUCACUAGGACAGCAUUUUUUCACCUAAGGAACAUAGCAAAAGUUAGACCUCUUAUAUCAUCGAAAGAUGCAGAGAAAUUAGUUCAUGCGUUUGUCUUUAGUCGGCUAGAUUACUGUAAUGCACUCCUCUCAGGACUACCCAAAAAAGACAUCAAUCGUUUGCAGUUAGUGCAGAAUGCAGCUGCUAGAAUCCUUACCAGGAAAAGAAAAUCCGAACACAUUUCUCCAGUUUUGAUGUCACUACACUGGUUACCUGUGUCAUUCAGAAUUGACUUUAAAAUUCUGCUUAUGGUUUAUAAAGCUUUAAAUAAUCUCGCCCCGUCUUAUAUAUCGGAAUGUCUGACACCUUAUAUUCCAAAUCGCAACCUCAGAUCCUCAACUGAGUGUCUCCUUAGAAUUCCAAGAGCAAAACUUAAAAGAAGUGGUGAGGCGGCCUUCUGCUGUUAUGCACCUAAAAUCUGGAAUAGCCUGCCAGUAGGAAUUCGCCAGGCUAAUACAGUGGAGCACUUUAAAAAACUACUGAAAACACAUUACUUUAACAUGGCCUUCUCAUAA